UAGUAACCUGAACAGUGAACGGGAUGUGAGAUAUCGUUAUUCGCUGUGAAACUGUCAGUUCAGAGGAGCAGUGUAACUUACUUCUUGGAGCUUGUGUGUUAGCGCCAUCCUGUGGUGUUCGGAGGACGAGGCACAGAACACCACACAGUGGUGGAAAUAAAUAACAGAUUCACCUUUCCUUUUUGUUUUAAUGUAGCACAUUCACUUAGAACAGUAAACAGUCAGUUUCACUGGAACUCCUUUACUAGGUGUCACACUUUUUUAUGGACACCCUGCAGCCAAUCAGAAUCGAGUAUCACCCAGACCAUGGUAUAAAUAUAAAUAACUUGUUUCCUUCCUGUUGUCGCCUCAGACUGAGUGACUGUAUUCUGUCAGAGAGAAGCUGUGACGUUCUGUCCUCAGUUCUCAGCUCUGAGUCCUCUAGUCUGAGAGAGCUGGACCUGAGUAACAACAACCUGAAGGAUUCAGGAGUGAAGCUGCUGUCGACUGGACUUCAGAGUCCACACUGUAAACUGGAGAUUCUCAGUCUGUCAGGCUGUCUGAUCUCAGAGGAAGGCUGUUCUUCUCUGGUCUCAGCUCUGAGUUCCAACCCCUCCCAUCUGAGAGUGCUGGACCUGAGCUACAAUCAUCCAAGAGACUCAGCAGUGAAGCUUCUGUCAGCUGGACUUAAGGAUCCUCUCUGGAGACUGGAGACUCUAAGGUAAAAACACUGAUGAACAAAAAGGAGAUAUUUGUGUAGGAAGUUUUAAAGGAGAACAUCUCCAGGAACUAAAAUGAUAACUCCCUUUGUUAAUAAACAAUGUAGUUUGGACAGAUAUCUGUAUG